AAGAGGAAUUUGUUGGGUUGUCAAUUGAAAUUUGACAUUUUUAGACUUCGUAAUUUGUAAAAUAUGUUUUAUUUGAAAAUAAUAAAUUCGUCAUAAGGAAUAUUGGGCAGCCAAUGAGACGAGAUAAUUUUUCGUGACAAGAUACUUAUCUGAUAUAUCAACUAAUGGAAAACAUUGCAUAUCCUCCAAACAUAUUUUAUAAACAAAUUUUAUGAGUCUGGGAAGGAUAGAAAAAAAGGAUCCAAAGAAAUGGAAAACGGAGGCAACACUAGGGAUGCAAACAGAAAUAAGGAUAUAAAUUGGUCAAGGUUUGGAUUGGGUAGUGAAACUGCUCAAAGAGUAAGAGCGAACACAACUGGUUUCAUAGAUUUGUCCAAUGAAUAUGGGGCUGGUGGACACCAGGCUUCAAGUGCUAAUGAAUUAUUUGCAGAAGAACAGGGAGAUGUACCUUGGUGGAAAUCUAAUUUUUUCAUUUCCCAACCGGUUUUGUUCGGGACGUGGGAUGGUGUUUUCACAUCUUGCUUAAUUAACAUUUUUGGUGUGAUAGUCUUUUUACGAUCUGGAUGGAUAGUUAGUCAAGCUGGAGUAUGUAGUGCUAUUACUAUAGUUUUGUUUACAGUAUUUACCGCCUUAGUAUCUGUCUUGUCGGCUGUGGGAAUAUGUGAACGAUGUCGAAUUGAGAGUGGAGGAGUUUAUUUUGUUAUUGCGCAUACCUUGGGAUCAAAAUUUGGAGGUGCACUUGGUGUGAUUUACUGUUUUGGACAGGCUGUGGGUUGUGCACUGAAUGUUCUUGGAUUUGGAGAAUCGAUGGCUGAAUUGAUUGGUUUAGGUGACUCCAGAUGGGCGAUUCGCUUAAUUGCAAUGGCAGCUGUAGUCCUACUAAGUGUGAUAAAUGUUGCAGGGGUGAAGUGGGUUAUUAAACUUCAGUUCAUUUUGUUGUUGAUUUUGCUAUCGGCUGGUCUUGAUUUUAUGGUUGGCAGCUUUGUACAUACUGAUACUGGUAAUGGAUUUGAAGGUUGGGUCAGUAACAAUCUGGUGCAAAACAUGUGGCCUAACUAUAGUGAAGGUUACAGUUGGUUCACCGUCUUUGGCGUAUUCUUUCCAACAGUAACAGGAAUUCUUUCUGGUAUCAAUAUGAGCGGCGAUCUCAGAGCUCCAUCCACAAAUAUACCGAACGGUACGCUAGCCGCAAUCAGUACCGGAACAUUUCUGUACCUAGUGUUUGUUAUAUUUUUGGGAGCUACAUGCAGUCGACUCUCACUACUAACAAACUUCAUGAUAGCGAAGGAUGUGUCGGUUAUUCAAGUGUUGUUCUUAGCUGGGUUGUACGUGUCUUCUAUGUCCAGUUGCUUGGGAGCAAUGUAUGGCACGCCUAGAGUUUUACAAUCCAUUGCUCUGGAGAAUGUUAUUCCAGGAAUUGGAAUGUUGGGAAUGGGGAGAGGACCAAACAAAGUGCCAUUAUAUUCCAUGGGGGUAGUAGCCAUGGUAACAUUUGCCUUCAUAUUCAUUGGAGAAAUAAAUACUCUGGCUCCGAUCGUAACGAUGCCUUUCCUAUUAACUUACGCUUGCAUUGAUUAUGCAUAUUUUGCACUAGCGCAAACUUUCGAUAUUCAACAUCAACGGGAACAAAGGUUCCAUCGUCCCAGGGUCCAGCAACAAAUAUCUAGUGACGAUAGUGAUUUGGAUAGGCUGUUUCCUGAACGCACAAGGCACAAAACGUUGAGGGGAGAAUCUAGUUCGAACUCUGUCAGUAGUCCAGAGGAGAGUAGUGAAACAACACCAAUAUCACCGAAAAUCAACAUACAUUCUAAACAAAAAAAUUGGUACUCUAAUUUGUGCAAUAGAUGGCUGUCUUUAAUCGGUGCUGCAUUCAAAAUAUUAAUUAUGCUGUUAGUUAACUGGUAUUACGCUCUGGCUUGUGUCAGUGUCGUUUUUCUUAUAUGGUUGUACAUUGGAACCGCCAACCCAGCAGUGAAACCGGGAUUAGCUUCGGAGUUUCAUUUCUUCAGGUGGCUAAAAACUGUCAUACUCAGAUGUAUGGGGUGAGUUGUUUCCAUGUUUUUUU